UGGUAUCAACAUUGUGGGCGGGGUUAGCUUAUCAACUGCCAGAUGAGAAUGGCGGCCAGCUUCAAGAAGCCAAACCCUGCCUCCACCAGCCAGAGGAAAAAGUCGUGUCCGAAGCCCGAACUCACUGAAGAGCAGAAGCAAGAAGUUCGAGAGGCGUUUGACCUCUUCGAUGCUGACGGAAGCGGCACCAUCGACGUGAAGGAGCUGAAGGUGGCCAUGAGGGCGUUGGGCUUCGAACCCAAGAAAGAAGAGAUCAAGAAAAUGAUCUCAGAGGUAGACAAGGAGGGCACGGGAAAGAUCAGCUUCAAUGACUUCCUGGCCGUGAUGACUCAGAAGAUGGCCGAGAAGGACACCAAAGAAGAAAUCCUGAAGGCAUUCCGGCUCUUUGAUGACGACGAGACAGGGAAGAUAUCUUUCAAAAACCUCAAGCGUGUGGCCAACGAGCUGGGGGAGAACCUCACGGAUGAGGAGCUGCAGGAAAUGAUCGACGAAGCAGAUCGGGAUGGAGACGGCGAAGUGAAUGAAGAGGAGUUCCUUAAGAUCAUGAAGAAGACCAGCCUCUAUUAACAGCGGUGGCCCACGAAGCCACUCACCCAGUUCUAUGAGACUUUAACUUAGAAGACAGUGAG